GGAGGAUGCUGUGUUCUGCGAGCGGCGCGAUUCACGAUCUCGCACGAUCUCCAGCCCGUCCCUGAGCGCGAUCUUCUUCGAUCUGGAUAAUACCCUCGUGGAGACCAGGAGAGCGGACAGUCAGGCUUGCCGCAAGGCGAGAUAGUUUUAAGGUUAUCCACGCGCGUCGGGACGGAAUUCCCAAUACACUUGAAAGAGAUACUUUUAAUGACGGAGCGGCCACGGAGCGACAGGCAGGCACACGUGUUCCGCGUACGUGGUUAUUUUCGGCCACUUCGGUGAGUGUGUCAAAGGGCAAGGCUAGGCGGCGAGAGGAUCUCCGUUCUGGGAGCUCUGCCAGUUGGCUCUCGGCUAUGCUACGCGACGGACUGUAACGCGGUAGCCGACCCGACGUUUCCUAGAGCCGCACGGUUUCGGAAGUUGCGUUCUCGGCUGACCUGGACACAUCGACGACAUCGAUACUGGAGCGAUAGGAGCAUACGUACACAUCAUCAGGCCUUCGACAGCGACAGCUCGCCUGCUUCUUUUUCUUUCUUUUUUUUUUCUCUACUCCCUUUAGAGUGCGACACUAAAGCACCAUGAGUAUUCCGGAGGGUGUUGCAAAGUGCGUGGCCAUAUUAAAGGCAGUGGACACGGACUCGGAAAAGUUUGCUGCGCUGUUCAUGGUCACCAAGCUGGUGAACGCCAAGGAUUGCGACUCCGCCGCCAAGAGGAUGCUUUUCGAGGCGAUCGGGGCCAAGUUUCUCAGGAAGCUGCUGAUCAGCGCGAACGUCCCCGUGGACUGCCCGCCACAGGUGUACAAAUCAGUUGUAUUGUCCGUUCUCUCCGCGUUCUGCCGAGAGCCCGAGUUGGCCUCCCAUCCCGACAUGGUCGGGCACAUCCCGGCGCUCCUGGAGAUAGUUUCCCAGGCUGAUGAAGACGCGCCAGACGACACGCUCAUCAUCGUCAGCGAGGCUUACACCUGCUUGCAGUGUAUCGCGCAACAUCCACCCGGGCAGAAGGCGUUACUCGAACAGAAGGCGGUCCCGAAGAUGUGCGACAUAUACGCGGAGAAGAGCUUUCAAACGGAUGAAGCCCUGAAUAUCCUGGUCAUGUUGGUCAACACAUUCGGGUCGGAAGCCUGGAAUCCGACGGACACUGCUCCCUUUCACGCCAUAAUCAGCAAGAUAGCCCUGGACUUCGAAACCGAUCAUACGGAUAGAAAAUUCGAGCUGUGCACCAUUCUGCAAGCCCUGCUGCAGUCCUGUAGGAAGGAGGUGAUAUCUGCGAACGCGAAGGACGAAUCAUGGCCGUUGAGCAUUCACAAGGGCCUGAGCGACAUUUUGGGAUCGAAGAUAGGCAAGAAGCAGCGGGAUCCGGCUCUGAAGCUCGCGUCCGUAAUGAUCGAUUUGCUCGGCGCGGAAUGGGCCAUGUCCGACAAGGAAAAACCAAAAAUUUUCUUCCUUCUGCUCAUUCAACUGGCGUCGAUCGAGGUCAGGAUGCAGCUGGAGGACAAACAGCUUAAGGCAGUGCUCGAAAACGCCGACCUGAUCACGGCUUGUUUCAUCGUUCUCGAGGUCUCGAUUAGCUACAUCGUUACGGAUCAGCUAGAUUUAGAGCAAAAGGAGAAGCAGUCACUGUAUACAGCUCUAAAGGGCGCCUUCGCGGCCGUUAUCGGUCUGCUGAGUUCCGUUUCGAAGAUGAAAACGCUGACGAAUGUGAAAGAGAAGCUGUUUGUUUGCUCGGUCGUCAGGGUACUCACGGCCUGGAUGGCACAGGAAACGAGCGCGAUGCGCCCUCAGCUUUAUGCCGUGUUACCGUACGUGCUGACGGUGGCCAACGAUACUUUUUACGCCCAUCGAAACCGGAAAUUGGCCGAGAAAGCGAGAUGCAGAGCUAAAACGGACGAAGGAACGUCGUCCGGAGAACCGAUCGUUCACGAUCCGUUGAGCGAGAUCGACAUAUUGAGAUUAAUGUUACCCGCUCUGUGCUAUUUGGCUGUGGAAGAGGCCGCGAGAAAGAUUCUCCUUCAACACAAGCAGGACGAGAUCCUGUUCGAGUGUCUAUCUUACCAUUGGACAAUCGUGCACUAUAAGAAGCCGCCGGUGCCGCGAUCAGAGCGGCUGAAACUUUUGCAGGACGGCAAUCGCACGGAGGAGGAGCUGGAUCUGCAUAUACUCGAGGAGAUGAAGGAUUCCAGAACCGCGAUGGUCUCCAUCUGCAACGUUCUGAUGAACAUCACUGUGCUGGAGGCGAAACUGGUGGAGGAAUCGCCGACAUUCAUAUCGCUGCUCAAGUUUAUCUACAAUAAUCUGCCGGAGCUGAAGCAGAUCCCAGAGAACUUGGUGCUGCAUGGUCACCUGGCGGUCCUAGGCCUUCUGCUGAUGAAGCAGCAGGCAAAACGCGUCAAGAAAAACGACUUCUCGAUAUGCCGCUAUAUUCAGGCCACCAUAAGAUUUCUGUGGGACGCAUACAUCAUCGACGAGAGCAACGAUCCCACUGAGCUGGUGGUCGCCAUGUCUUACAAGGAACAUUGGAUGGAGCUAAUGGAACUCUGGUUUCUGGGGAUGCAGACGAUGGCUGGCGUGCUACAAGUAAUACCCUGGUUGUCGCAGUUCACGAUAGAAUCCGGUUGGGCAGAGGAGAUUAUCGAGACGCUGAAACGAGUGAAGAUCGGUGGUCUGGAGCCGAACGUCAAGUCCGCCUUCGAGGACCUGCUGUGCCAUUUGGUGAAAGCCGACGAUAGCGUUGCGUCGGUAUUGAAAAAAUGCGGCGCGUUGACUGUCUGUCGAAAUCAUCGUAUGAUGGAGCUCGGAAAGCGUCUCUUUGGAGAUUAGGACUAAGCACGCUGAGAAGGACAUUACUGUAUAGCUUUUCGUAUAUUAAUAUUAUGCGAGCGAUGUAAAGAAAUUCUGUGAAAUUGUAGAGAAGUAGCGAUUAAUUAAUUGAGAUAAACGAUUAGUUAAAUCACUUUUGUAUAAAGAACAGCUUAACAAAAUAGUUUUCUCUUUAGUACUUUGCGACUUGAAUUUAUUAUUUUACGCUUCUUCUGCAUACGAUAUUCGAAAUGCGUAUAUGCGCGUAGUCCAGUGUAUAUUUAGACGGCAUCACAUCUGGAAAUAGUUUCUGGCAAGCAAGAAAGCUAAGAAACGUAUUACUCGAGGAAACUCUUUUAAUAAAUUACGCGUAUACGAAAGUAUACUACUUGUUUUUACACGACACUAUGUAUAUUUCUAUGCGAAUUAUUAUCGAGUAUGCUUCUUUUUGCUUUGCUACAUUGUCGAAGCGGAGAUUGUUGUUGUUUUUAUAUUAUCGUAAUCUUAAGAUGCUUUAAUGAAGAUUUUGUAAUAAUAGAAGUACUUUCCUAUUAAACAGAACAAUUUUUGUAAGCA